AGUCAGGUAGUUAGCACCCAGUUAGACAGUGCUAUAGUUAACACGUUAGGCAACAUUUAAGACAAUUAAUGAAGCCGUGAGAUUAAUGAAGAAGGUGGUUAUUUUAGAUAAUUUUGUAGACAUUUGCUCGUUACUUCCCUCGCUAACCAUUGUCAACUGUUUACCCGCUGUUGAUACUCGGGCUGCCUCACACAUUGGACUGAAGUUAGCUUGACUAGCUGGUUAACAGUAACAUCAAAUCGGAAAAACGUAUGUGAAGUUUUACCUGGGAAGAAUAUCGGUCCUCUGCCGGGAGAGCAAAUGCCUCGUCUGGAAAAGUCAAAUGGCAGAGGGACAAAAAGACCAAAAUUGGACUGGAAGUUUGUUCAGAGGUUCUGCAGCAUCCAGAAGGUCCUGUUCCCAUCAUGGAGCAGCCAGAGUGUCCUGAUGUUUGGGACGCUGCUUUUUGUCACUCUGACAGAGCAGCUGAUCAUUUACCAAGUGGGUGUCCUCCCCAGUCACUUCUACAAUGUGCUGGCAGAAAAAGAUUACUCAGGCUUCAGGAGUCUGGUGGGAAAAGCUAUGGUGCUCAUUUUAAUCAACUCCACACUGAAAAGUCUUGACCAGUACAUUUGCAAUCAGAUGUAUGUUAGCUGGCGGAAGACGCUAACCGAGAGCCUCCACACGGCCUACUUCCAGGGCCGAGUCUAUUACACACUCAAUGUACUCAGAGAGGACAUAGACAAUCCAGACCAGCGGAUCAGUCAGGAUGCAGAGAGGUUGUGUAAGCAGAUGAGCACCAUGGCUAGUCGCUUGAUCGUCUCGCCGUUCACACUGGCUUACUACACCUACCACUGCUUUUACAGCACCGGCUGGAUCGGCCCUGUGAGUAUCUUUGGGUACUUUGUGGUUGGAACCAUUGCCAAUAAAAUCCUCAUGGGGCCGAUUGUGUCGACUCUGUUUGAGCAAGAAAAGCUGGAGGGUGACUUCAGAUUCAAGCACAUGCAAAUCCGUGUUAAUGCAGAGUCUGCAGCUUUUUACAGAGCUGGUAAAGUGGAGCACACGAGGACCAAUCGAAGACUGCAGGCUCUGUUAGAAACUCAGAAGAGUCUAAUAAAUAAAGAACUCUGGCUUUAUAUCGGGGUGAACACCUUUGACUACCUCGGAGGUUUCCUCAGCUACAUUAUUAUCGCCAUUCCCAUCUUCACUGGUAUCUAUGAUGGUCUCACUCCUGGCGAGCUUAGUGCACUCAUCAGUAAGAACGCCUUUGUGUGCAUCUACUUGAUAAAUGGCUUCACGCAGCUUAUAGACCUGUCAACCACUCUGUCAGAUGUGGCUGGAUACACCCACAGGAUUGGGGAGAUGAGGGAGGUGAUGGAUGACAUCCUACGCAAGCAGUGUGACUAUGACCCUGCGUCAGGAGAAAGCUACGACUUUGACAGUGACUUCAAUGUCCACGCAGGCCCAGUGGACACUGCCUUCAUCCUCGACCAUCUUUCAUACAAAUCUCCUUACUCAGACGAGCUGCUGGUGGAGGACCUAAGUCUGAAAAUCAGUCAGGGAGCUCAUCUACUGGUGGUGGGAAACACAGGGACGGGCAAAACGUCACUGCUGAGGGUCCUCAACCGCCUCUGGGAGGCACACAGUGGUUUUGUCCACAUGACGACAUGUUUCGGGCCCAGAGGAACCCUCUUCCUGCCGCAGAAACCUUACCUGACCGAUGGCACGCUGCGCGAACAGGUGAUCUACCCACUGAAGGAUAUUUACCCUGUAUCAGGGUCAGUGGAUGAUGACAGAAUUAUACAGUUCCUGGAACUAGCUGGAGUGUCCAGUCUCUUGAAGCGGACAGGUGGGCUGGAUGAAAAUGUGGACUGGAACUGGUAUGACGUUCUGUCUCCAGGUGAAAUGCAGCGUCUCUGCUUUGCUCGGCUUUUCUACCUGCAGCCCAAAUAUGCAGUGUUGGAUGAGGCCACCAGUGCUUUGACAGAGGAGGCGGAGGCACAACUGUACCGGACCUGUAAACAGCUUGGCAUGACUUUGAUCAGUCUGGGACACCGUAGCAGCCUGGAGAAGUACCAUGAUGUUCAGCUGAAGCUGUGUGGAGGCGGCCGAUGGGAGUUAACAAAUUUAAAAGGAGGCAGCGGCAGCCUCAAUCACAGAGAUGAAACCAUGUGACCUCAGUCUCAUAUUUCCGAAAUCCCGGACAUGUAGGAAGCACUAGUGUGGGGGGCGAGAACAGAAAACACUCCUGAACUCCUCAGUUACUAACAGGUGCUCUUCAAUAAGGUACAUAGACACAUUUUUCCAGACAGGAUGAUGGUUUAGAGGCUCUGGGUCUGGAACCAGCCAAAAUGUUUUGGACCCGAAUGGUUUGGAUUAUUAUGUAAUAGUCAGCAUGAUUUAAAUAUAAUGAAAGAAACAGUAAACUUUAUACUUGUUGUUUGUCUUUAUGUUAAAUUACAGUGGUUUAUUGUGUUAUGUUCACAGUUAAUACAUGGGAAUAUUAUUACUACUGUGUAAUUCAGUUUUGUAUUAAAAACACACAAUGUUUUUAUGCUUUUAGUAAUUCCUACCAAGAGCAGAUCCAUCUGUGGACAAUACAUACAGUUUAAACACUUGUUUACCUGAUUUGAUACAAUUUUCUUAUGUGCAAUAAAAACAAAUAAAAAUA